AUGAGUGACACUGAGUACUCCUCCAAUAUUACUCCAGCUCCUGCUCUAGACCUGGCCUCCCUGGGAGCUUGGUCCGAGAACGCCUUGCCCGGCCACCUGCCUGAUGGCUCCGGUACCGCCAACGCCUUCCUCGAUAUCGAACCCCAGCCCGAGACCCUCUAUGGAUCCAACGGCGGUGCCCUCGAGGCUAUGCAGAAUGGACCGGCUCCAUGGUCCUCCGAGGAGGCCAACAAGUCCAACUCCAACUCGUGA